CCGUGCGAGUGCGGCCGGACGGCAGGUUUGAUAAUGGGCUGCAUUAAAAGUAAAGAAAACAAAAGUCCAGCCAUUAAAUAUACACUGGAAAACCCUCCAGAGCCUGUAAGCACAAGUGCCAGUCAUUAUGGAACGGAACACACUACAGUUACCCCAACCUCUUCCACAAAGGGAACAUCUGGCAAUUUUAGCAGUCUUUCCAUGACACCAUUUGGAGGGUCCUCUGGAGUGACUCCUUUUGGAGGAGCAUCUUCCUCAUUCUCAGUGGUGCCAAGUUCAUAUCCUACAGGUUUAACAGGUGGUGUCACUAUAUUUGUGGCCUUGUAUGAUUAUGAAGCUAGAACUACAGAAGACCUUUCCUUUAAGAAGGGUGAAAGAUUUCAAAUAAUUAACAAUACGGAAGGAGACUGGUGGGAAGCAAGAUCAAUUGCUACCGGAAAAAAUGGUUAUAUCCCUAGCAAUUAUGUCGCACCUGCAGAUUCCAUUCAGGCAGAAGAAUGGUAUUUUGGAAAAAUGGGGAGAAAAGAUGCUGAAAGAUUACUUCUGAAUCCUGGGAAUCAGCGAGGUAUAUUCUUAGUCAGAGAAAGUGAAACCACUAAAGGUGCUUAUUCCCUCUCUAUUCGUGACUGGGAUGAGGUAAGGGGUGACAAUGUGAAGCAUUACAAAAUCAGGAAACUUGACAACGGUGGAUACUACAUCACUACCAGAGCUCCGUUUGAUACUUUGCAGAAACUGGUGAAGCACUACACAGAACAUGCUGAUGGUUUAUGCCACAAGUUAACAACUGUGUGUCCAACUGUGAAACCCCAGACUCAAGGUCUAGCAAAAGAUGCUUGGGAAAUCCCUCGAGAAUCUUUGCGACUGGAGGUUAAACUGGGUCAAGGAUGCUUUGGUGAAGUGUGGAUGGGAACAUGGAACGGAACCACAAAGGUAGCAAUCAAAACCCUGAAGCCAGGUACAAUGAUGCCAGAAGCUUUCCUUCAAGAAGCUCAGAUAAUGAAAAAAUUAAGACAUGAUAAACUUGUUCCAUUGUAUGCAGUUGUUUCUGAAGAGCCAAUUUAUAUUGUCACCGAGUUUAUGGCAAAAGGGAGCUUAUUAGAUUUCCUUAAAGAAGGAGAUGGAAAAUAUUUGAAACUUCCACAGCUGGUUGAUAUGGCUGCUCAGAUUGCUGAUGGUAUGGCGUAUAUUGAAAGAAUGAAUUAUAUUCACCGAGAUCUCCGAGCUGCUAAUAUUCUUGUAGGAGAAAAUCUUGUAUGCAAAAUAGCAGAUUUUGGCUUAGCAAGAUUAAUUGAAGACAAUGAGUACACAGCAAGACAAGGUGCAAAAUUUCCAAUCAAAUGGACAGCGCCUGAGGCUGCAUUGUAUGGUCGGUUUACUAUAAAGUCAGAUGUGUGGUCAUUUGGAAUUCUACAGACAGAAUUGGUAACAAAGGGGCGAGUACCGUAUCCAGGUAUGGUAAACCGUGAAGUACUGGAACAAGUAGAGCGAGGGUACAGGAUGCCUUGCCCUCAGGGCUGUCCAGAAUCCCUCCAUGACUUGAUGAAUCUUUGUUGGAAGAAGGACCCUGAUGAGAGACCAACAUUUGAAUAUAUUCAGUCCUUCUUGGAAGACUACUUCACUGCUACAGAGCCACAGUACCAACCAGGAGAAAAUUUAUAAUCCAAGUAGCCUGUGUGUGCAGAUCUGCCAAAACAUAAAGACCUUCUGGGAGUUUGUUAUGCACGGGAAUGAGAAGAUAUUCUUCACUCUUCAUGUUUCUAUGGUAAACUGGAAUUCCAGAUAUGGUUGCACAAAACAGUUUUUCCCACCAAGUGUUAAACUCUAAAGUACCAAUGAUACAUCUUAUAACUUACUUCAUGGUCCAAAGAGCGUCAAGCUAAGAUAUUGAUGGUAAGAAAGAGCAACAAGACUACUGUUUACUCGUCACUUCCUUUCCUUCCCAAAAACUCAGAGAAAACUAUUUAUUGAUAUGGACAAAAUUUGAGCUAUUAUACCAUAGUAAAAUUUAAAAUCAAAGAACUCUAUGGGACCAAAUAAUUUCAUUCCAGUUUUUAAAAAAAUCUCUUGCAUUUUUUUUUCAAAAGUUAGGUUUUUGUUUCAUUUUGUUUUUCUAUUUGACAGUUGCCAUGCAGUCUUCACACAGACCUCCUUUUGUGUGGAAUGGGCCAAGUCUUCCAAAAGCAGAAAGGAGAUUAUAAACAACAUCAAACACUUGAUUUAAUGUUAGACCACAGAAAUGGAAUUUGGAAGCAUAAUAUCCUAUGUUCACACUUAGUUCGUAGAACUGGAAAGUAGAGAGACAGCUUUUUUACUUUCAUCGUUUUGAAUUGUUCAUAAUAAAAGUAGCCAGAAUGUGAGCUUAUCAUUUGCAAGAUUGUACUGAUUGUCUUAAGGCAAUGUACAAUUGAAAUUAUAUCCAGUUCCAGGGAAAAUCUUAGUAUUUGCAUAGCAUAAAAAUAAAAGUCCAGCAUUUAAGCAGUCCAUUUUAAAAAAUAGAUGGAGUACUGUGAGGUGUUGUUAAAUGUGUUUUUAUGGUGAUGGACUCCACACAUAGAAAACAUCACUAGAUCAGGAACUUGAAUGCACUUUGCUUGUAUUGAGUAUAGAAUAAGAGACAGGAUAAUGUAUUUAAAUAAAUAUGAGAGAAGAAAAUGUGAAAAUUUUACAGAUACUGGGAUGGGAUGGAGUGUUUAAUGUUGGUGUUAUGGAGUGACAUCAUGGCUUUGAUGGCACUCAGAGCACCUCAUUAGCUGUUUCUGAGACUUUAAAAGUUAUGAAGUAUGAUUGUAAAACUAAUUUUUCUUAACAUAUACACUAAAUAAGUUUUACAUCCUCAAAAUAGUGAAGAUAAGGCUUAACACUAAUUUCAGUGGCCCUAUUUUAUACAGAACCUUUUUAGAACUGCAAUUCUCAAAUUUCUGAAACUUCACUUACAUUUCAAAUAUACUUGAUGGUUAUAGUUUCCUUUCAUAAUAUAAUCAAUUUGAAGAAGAAUACAUACUCUGAGUAAUAGUAAUUUAAAGGGGGGAUUUUUUUCCAGUUUAAAGUACAGAAGUAAAACUUUAAAAAUGAGUUUUUCUAACUCAAAUUAUGAAGUAUUAAUUUGAAUUGAAUAGUGCUAAUGGUUUAAGGGUCUAGCAAGGAAAAAGCUGAGUCUGCUAAAUAAAUUAAAAGUCUAAUAUUUAUGUUUUUUAAAUGCUGUGCUUUAUAGUUACACUUUAAAGCAUUGUAUCAAGUUUUCUAUUUUCAGCAUAUAAUUUUAAAUGUCCAUCAUUUUAAUCACUAAAUUUAAAGUUCUGUGCCAUGGUAAAUUAUGUUCAAAUUUAACUCUUUUUAAAUGUGACAAGUGAACUUUAUACAAGUUGGCAAAAGUUCUGGUACUAAAAGUUCUACUUUUUUUCCACUUAACCUAUUCAAAGGAUCUCCCGAGAAGAGUGUCGUCGUUGUUUGCCCUGGUGUCUAUAGUUUGUGUCAUGAAUGUUUUAAAGGGCUUCAUGUGAUCUGUGGUAUUGUAGUUUCUCUAAGCAGUCUUCAAAGGGUAAUUAUGUUUAUAUACUAAUUCUGGUCAGAAAAAUAAGGCAGGAAAUGUUGAUGGCAUUCUUUAGAUUUUAAACGAAUUGAAUGGGGCAGUUCUUAUAA